AUGAACUUCGAAGUACCCCAAGAAUUGAAAGACUACCYCGCGAAGUUGGACGACUUCAUAGAACGCGAGAUCACUCCAUUACAGAAUGAGAACGACAACCAGCGCUUCUUCGAUCACCGCCGAGAGCAUGCUCGUACAGACUGGGAUCGGGGCGGCCUUCCUCGCGAGGAAUGGGAACAGCUCCUGAAGGAGGCGACGCGACGAGCAGACAAGGCUGGCUUCUACCGCUUCAGCUUGCCCAAGAAAUAUGGAGGCCAGAAUGAGGAGACUGGCCGUGGUAGCAACCUAUGGAUGGCCGUGAUUCGAGAGCAUCUCGCAGCAAAGGGGUUGGGUCUGUUCAAUGACCUGCAGAACGAACACUCUGUCUGUGGCAACUUCCCGGACGUGAUUAUGGUACAGCACUUUGGCAACGAACAGCAAAAGAAGGAGCUGAUCGAAGGGAGAUUACGGGGCGAGGUACGGAUCACCUUUGGCUUGACGGAACCAGGACACGGCAGCGAUGCCACCCACAUGGACACCCGGGGAGAAAAGCAAGCAGAUGGGAGCUACAUCAUCAACGGAGGAAAGAUGUGGCAGACGGGGAUACACAAGGCAACAAACUGCUUCAUCUUCGCCCGUACGAGCGGCAAGAACGGUGACGCGAAGGGCAUUUCUUGCUUCAAUGUGCCACGACACACUCCCGGCCUCGAAGUUGAAUCUUACGAGUGGACGCUCAACAUGCCCACGGAUCAUGCGACAAUCUCUCUGACAAAUGUCAAGGUUCCCGCGUCUUCCAUUAUAGGUCCCGAGGGCGAGGGCCUUCAAGUGGCACAGGCCUUUGUACACGAGAACAGAAUCAGGCAGGCAGCAUCUUCCCUCGGUGCUGCUGUGUACUGUGUCCAACAAUCCGUAGCAUAUGCCCGCAAGAGACAGCCUUUCGGGAAGCCAUUGUCCUCGAACCAGGCGAUUCAAUUCCCUCUAGUAGAACUUGCCACCCAGUGUGAGAUGCUCAGGCUGUUGAUUCGAAAGACGGCUGUGGACAUGGACACCAUGCCUCAUCGUGAAGUCGAGCAGAAGGUUAGCGACAAGGUCAGCAUGUGCAAUUACUGGGCGAAUAGGCUAUGCACACAAGCUGCCGAUCAGGCUAUCCAGACAUUCGGGGGUUGGGGAUAUAGCCGACACUACCCAUUCGAGCAUAUCUGGAGGCACCACCGUCGAUACAGGAUCACGGAAGGUUCAGAGGAAAUCCAGAUGCGGAAGGUGGCAGGAUAUCUAUUCGGGUUCAUGGGACCGAACAAGGCCAAGCUCUGA